GUCGGCAUCGUUUAAAGCGAAACUUUGUUUGAAUUGUUUGUUUUACACGAUAAAACCUACUUUACUGUGACGGUCAACACCGGAAAUGCUUGUACAUUUUGCUAGCUUGAUGCCAGUAGAGCUGCUGAAAUUCAGACGGGCUGAGCCACGAGUGUCUUCAUCUUGAAAAUAAUCGAUAAAAAUAGCCGAGUAUUCCAGUUUGGAGGACACCUGGACAUCGUUUGUGCUCGCUGCUUUACGAUGGUGUCCCCUGUUCGCUCCGCUGGAGGUUUUAAUCGGUGAUAAAUUAAAAGGCCGUCACCUCCACAGAUGUGGCCUCUACCUCUUCUGAGACUCCUGUUCAUGAACGGCGAGGACACUUCGACUGGGCGGCUGUGGCUCGGCCUGGAGGGAUGACAGGACAUUAGCAGACAUGGAGACAGGAGAGACACGUAGACGGCUGCACACGUCCGUUAGUCUCAAUUCCGCACAUUAGUUCCACUCAGGACAAGAGAAAAUUCUAUUUUCUUAUUUUUGUAUUCAGAGCUGUUAUUGUUAGAUAUUGUGAAGCCAUAGUGAGCAGCAGGCGUCACGAUGAGCUCCGAGGGCUUUCAGUACCGAGCCAUGUACGACUACAAGAAGGAGCGUGAGGAGGACAUCGACCUGCACGUCGGCGACGUCCUGCUGGUCAGCAAAGGAGCCCUGCUGGCGCUCGGCUGCAGCAGCGGAGCUGAAGAGCGACCGUCUGAGAUCGGCUGGCUGCCGGGUUUCAACGAGACCACACAGGAAAAGGGUGACUUCCCAGGGACGUACGUGGAGUUCAUUGGCAGAAAGAGAAUGUCCCCGCCCACACCGAAGCCCCGCCCACCCAGGCCUCCAUCCGCGGCGUCGGCGAGGACCGACUCCGAGUCAGAGGGCCUCGUGUUGCCUGAGCUGCCGGAGCAGUUCGGACCCCCGGACUCGGCUCCUCCCCUCCUCAGCAGACUGAUGGAGGCCGUGGAGACCAAAGGUCUGGACAGUCCCAGUGUGUAUCGCAGUCUGAGUGGAGGAGGUCUGGACAGCCGGCAGCUGGCUGACACUGACCUGGAGCAGCUGGAGGUGGCGUCCCUGUGUGACGGGGUGGUCCGGUUCCUGCAGGAUCUGCCCGGUCCCGUCCUCCCGUCCUCGCUGCAGGCCGACAUGAUUCGUGUGGUUCAAGAGGUCCGGGACCUGGAGGACUGCGCCCAGCUGCUGCGGGCCGUGGCCAGCUCGCCGACAUGCCCGGCCCAGUACGGCCUGACCCUGCUCAGCGUGGUCCGUCACCUGGCCCGUCUCUGUCUACACGGAUCCAGAAACCAGCUGAGCCCCCGAAACCUGGCGGAGAGUUUCAGCCCGCUGCUGUUCAGACACCCUGCAGGGUCUGAGUCCAGUCUGGAUCCUCUGGUUCAGGUCCUGGAGAUUCUGAUAACCAGCGAACUCAACAUGAAUCAGGCUGCACCAGCGUUGCCUCCGAAACCAGUCAAGUCAUCGACUCCAGCAGCUCCCAGCAGCUUUAACAACAGCAUUUCCCUGCAGGACGCUGAGUGGUACUGGGGGGACAUUUCCAGGGAGGAGGUGAACGAGAAGCUGAGAGACACAGCUGAUGGUACGUUCCUGGUCCGAGACGCCUCCACGAAGAUGCACGGAGAUUACACUCUGACUCUGAGGAAAGGAGGCAACAACAAGCUGAUAAAGAUCUUCCAUCGGGAGGGCAAGUACGGCUUCUCCGACCCUUUGACCUUCAGCUCAGUGGUGGAGCUCAUCAACCACUACCGCCACGAGUCCCUCGCCCAGUACAACCCCAAGCUGGACGUCAAGCUGCUGUACCCGGUCUCCAAACACCAGCAGGAUCAGGUGGUGAAGGAGGACAGCAUCGAGGCUGUGGGAAAGAAGCUCCACGAGUACCACCUGCAGUACCAGGAGAAGAACCGGGAGUACGACAGGCUGUACGAGGAGUACACCAGGACCUCACAGGAGAUCCAGAUGAAGAGGACGGCCAUCGAGGCCUUCAACGAGACCAUAAAGAUCUUCGAGGAGCAAUGCCAGACUCAGGAGCGCUUCAGCAAAGAGUACAUCGAGAAGUUCCGCCGAGAGGGCAACGACAAGGAGAUCCAGAGGAUCAUGGAGAACUACGACAAGCUGAAGUCUCGGAUCAGUGAGAUCGUGGACAGCAAGCGUCACCUGGAGGUGGACCUGAAGAAGCAGGCCGCCGACUACAGAGAGAUCGACAAGAAGAUGAAUAGCAUCAAACCGGACCUGAUCCAGCUCCGCAAGACCAGGGACCAGUACCUGAUGUGGUUGACUCAGAAGGGGGUCCGCCAGAGGAAACUGAACGAGUGGCUCGGCCUGAAGAACGAAACCACAGAGGAUGAGUACAGCAUGGUGGAGGAUGAGGAGGACCUUCCUCACCACGACGAGCGGCUGUGGCGUCUGGGAAACAUCAACCGCACUCAGGCUGAGUCUCUGCUCCGCGGGAAGCGAGACGGGACCUUCCUGGUCCGAGACAGCAGCAAGCCGGGCUGCUACGCCUGCUCAGUGGUCGUGGACGGAGAAGUGAAACACUGCGUCAUCAACAAGACGAGCACCGGCUUCGGGUUCGCCGAGCCCUACAACCUGUACGGCUCUCUGAAGGAGCUGGUGCUUCACUACCAGCACACGUCGCUGGUCCAACACAACGACUCGCUCAACGUCACGCUGGCCUUCCCCGUCUACAGCCAGCAGAGACGGUGACCCGCCCACUUCCUCCUCAUUCAUGCUGUCAUCGUAGACCUGCAGCAGACCCAGUUUACGCCAUCACCCCCGCCCCCCACCAGACGGUUCCGCAUGCCACCUGAUCACAUGACACGUUUAAGGCUCUGUGCGAUAACAUGGCGCAGCAGCAGCAGCACCUGGACCGUCAGGAGUCUGUCCUGACGGUCUGUCCAGGUGCUGCAGGCCACAGUGGAUCCAAAAGCAGUCCAGGACACUGAAGAUGAAGCUCAUUGACGAGUUCAGUGCUUUGUCACAUCCUGUAAUAAUGGUUAACAUUUCAAACAGAUAUUUUACUGUGAAAGUCAUCACAUGGAGCUUCAACUUCCUGUGAGGCUCCACCCGAUAGAAAAGAUUCAGAGACUCCAUUUAAAUUACUGCAGUGAAAAAUAUCGUCCAGUGAUGCCAAACGCAGACAUCAGAGACGACUUGGAUGCCUGAGGUCACGAAACAAAGAGCUUCAAGCUAAAACAUUCAGAUGUUAUGCAUUUCCUGUUUGGUAUCGUUCAGGCUAAUUCACCUCGGCGACACUUGGAACACGAGCUGCAGCUUCAUCAGGAGUUCGCUGCACAGACUGUCAGGUCAGAAGGGCAGCGACACUGAAGACCUGAACCACCAUGAAAGCUUCGGGCUCGUCCCAAACGUGUCCCAUGUGAUCACGUGACCAACGUGUUCGGGGUUUCCGUUUCCUGCCUGUGGAGAAACGCGCUGCUGAGCUGUCGGACGUCACUGGAGGUCAGAGCCGGUCUGAGCUGACGAAUCAGAUCUGGGCCGGACUCUGAGGCUGAUGACGAUGAUGCUGAUUGAGUCAAAGGCUGACAAUCCAGAGAGACUUUUCUUUUGAACACUGUGAGUGACUGAACGAGGUUUAAAAGGAGGGCAAAUCGACUGACCCCCGUUUUCAUCCAAAGACUGGACCCCCUCGCACCACCAGAACCCCAUCAGCGGUGUUUUCCUGUUCCCUCAGGUGGAUGACUCUUAUGUUCUUUGAUUUCAUUAAACAUCCGUCAGCACAAAGUCCAUGAAGAAUUGCUCACUGCAUCAAAACAAAACCGGAUCGACUCAGAAUCUGCCUCGAGACGCUCGUCUUUUCUUUGUUUUGUUUUUGUGCUGACACGAUCAGAUCCAGGAGGACUGGAGGAAGUCUGAUUAUUUCACCCGUUGUCAUGGUAACCACCCGCUAACUUCCUGAACUUUGGACCCUGAUCCGUUUUUUCUCGCUCUUAUUUACUGGUUUUUCAUUCCAACGUUAGUGAACACAAACCAAAAUCUGUAAUGUUGGAUGUUAAGAAGGCAUGAACAGCUGACUGUUUAAGAACUCUGACCAAUAAAACAGUUUGUCUGAA